AUGCCUAACUACUACGAGGUGCUGGGGGUGCAGGCUAGCGCCUCCCAGGAGGACAUCAAGAAGGCCUACCGCAAGCUGGCCUUGUGCUGCCACCCCGACAAACCUGACAACGAGGAGGAGGCCGAGAAGAAGCUCAAGCAGGUGUCCGAGGCCUACGAGGUCCUGUCCGACUCCAAGAAGCGCUUGGUGUACGACCGCGCGGGCUGCGACAGCUGGCGGGCCGGCACCCGCUACAGCAGCCCCUUCGACAGCGGCUACACCUUUCGCAACCCCCAGGACAUCUUCCGCGAGUUCUUCGGAGGCCUGGACCCCUUCUCCUUCGGCUUCUGGGACAGCCGGCUCGGCAGCGAGCACGCGGGCCGGGGCCACGGGCUGCGCGGCGCCCUCUCGGCCGGCUUCGGCGAGUUCCCGGCCUUCGUGGAGGCUUUCUCAGCCUUGAACACCCUGGGCCGCAGCGGGGGCAGCGCCAGCCGUGCCACCUUCUCGUCUGCAUCCUUCGCCGGCUCUGGCUCGGGCAGCUCGGGCUUCAAGUCGGUGAUGUCGUCCACCAAGAUGGUCAACGGACACAAGGUCACCACCAAGCGCAUCGUGGAGAACGCGCAGGAGCGUGUGGAGGUGGGGGAGGACGGGCGGCUCAAGUCCGUGACCGUCAAUGGCAAGGAGCAGCUCCAACGGCCGGACAGCAAGUAG